AUGCCGCUUGCUGGCGCGACUCAAGCCGCCCUCAGACGGGUUGGUGUCCAAGUCCAAGCCCUCCAAGCCGCCCUGAGCAAGCUGGGGGAGCGAGGACUCGGGUGCCCCACCUUGAUGAAGGCGAUGAAGGUCCUGCAAGACGAGUACAAGGCGUUAGCAUCCGCUGCUCCGUCCACGCCCCGACCCGCUGCUUCGACGCGCAUCAGCGCAUCCACUCCCGCCAAGACCGCCCCAAUCACCACCACCACGACCACAAAGCCGACGCGCACCGACGCGUUCCCCCCGCCUCAGCCGCCCGUCCUGUCCCUUGAGACGGUGGACAAGCGCAUCCAGGCGCAAGUUCAACCCCUCCGCAUCGAACUGGAGUCCCUCAAGGCCUCCUUGAGCGCCGCCGCCGCGACGCCGCCGACCCCUCCAACCACGCCUCCUCAACCCCCCGAAGACACCUACGACGCCGCAAACCGCUCCUUCGCAGAGAUCGCGGCGCUCCCACCGCUCUCCACCCCCUGGCCACGCCCCUCGCCCAUCCCGGCGCCGCGCAAGGAGACCACCGCCGAGCCGACCUCUACCGCAAGCCACCUUGUCCACCUCUACUCUCAGCCUGCUCUCACGAUCGCCCGCGUCCGCCAAGCCCUCGGCAUCCCCUCCUCCAUCCCAGUCCGGCAGACGAAACGAGGAGACGUACUGGUCCAUCUCCCAGACGCCGCUGCCGCCUCCUUCCUCCGCUCAACAGCCGCCGCCGCCGGCUUCGCUCCCGCCACCCCCCUCGCCCUGUUUGGGUUGGUCGUGCACGGCGUACCGAGAUCCGACGAGUCGGAGGACGAGAUUGUCGAGACGAUGGAAAGGAGGAUGGGCGAAGUCGGAGCCGUGCGGAGCGUCCGAGCGUUGCCUGCGAGGAGGACGGGCGCGUCGUUCGGGUUGUACAUGGUCGUCCUGUGGAACAACGAGCACGUCAGCAACUUCCUUGGCGACGAUGGACGACUCUGGCUCGCCCCCACGGUCUGCGCGAGAUGCGAGAGGGCGAAAGGGAAGAAAGAGAUGACGCACGGUGAGGAAGCGGGAAAGCCGGCGGUGAGGACGGCGGGCAGCGCGAGGAUGGCGCUGGGCGAGUCAAAGAGCAUGGAGAAGGGCCCAGCAGGUGGGCACGAGUCAAAGAAGCGAGAAGCGAGUGAGGAGAAGAAGGAGAAAGACGAGCCGGCUCGCGCGAAUCUCGCUAAGUCCGGCGGCGGCUCGCUCGCAACUUCGCCCUCGCUCGUCAGGACCGGCUGCAACGCGCCUAUUACAAACACUACAACAUCGUCCACGCCCUCGAACACCUUCGAGCCCGUCCUCCCACCCCAGCUGUCCGACUUCUCCAUCGAAAAGUCCGGCGAGGACAAUUUUGGCGCUGUUCUCGAGGAAGUUACGAUUCCUGCGGGUGCAAUGCGUCAGCAAGUAAGUCACCCUCCAGUCGAGUAUGCAGCCCCACUGCUACACGCACCUGCGAAGUCAAACGGAGUUGAGACCCGCAUUAGCGAGGAACCUUCUUCCAUCGCAGAGACGAUGGACGCACCCGGCUCGCUGUCGCUCCGCGCACUCUCCAACAAACCCCACCGCAUCAUCGAGAAGCCGUCGACCGGCGACGCCGACCCCUCAAUCGCCGACGUCCCCAUCGAAAAGCCCGGGACCGACAUCGUCAGAGCUGGUCUUGAGAAGAAGACGAUUCCUGCGGGUGCAAUGCGUCAGCAAGUAAGUCACCCACCAGUCGAGUAUGCAGCCCCGGCGCUACACGCACCUGCAAUGUCAGACGGAGUUGAGACCCGCGUCAGCGAGGAACACUCUCCUUCCGCAGAACCCAAGAACGCACCUCUUUCGCCCUCGCUUCACGCGCCCACCAACAACCUCUACCGCACUGACUUGACGCCCUCGACGGGAGCGUCCGCCCCGUCCACCUCCGACAUGAAUAUCGCCGGAGAGUCACCGCUCUCCCCCACCCUCGCAGCACGCCGCCAGGAAACCCCAGCGCCCACCUACCCCGAGUCCGAGUCCACCAGCGGGAUCUGGUCGCAUAUCCCGACGCCGCUUGCCGACCGCCAAACCCAGUACCGCCCCAUGCCGAUUAUCGAGUUCAAGUCGACAGCGAGCGAGACGGACAGGUCGUGGGCGGACCAGACGGAAGAGGAAUUUCCGAUGCCGGCAGUGAUGACGAGCGGAAAGGCGAGCGGAAAGGCGAGAGAAGACGAGGCGCGGGAGGAAGAGGAGAAAGAGUGGAAGAAGGUCGGGAAGGGGAAGACGAGGGAGACGCGGCCACCUGCAGCGGCAGCGAAAGGGGCGAGCGACGGGAAGGACGAGUCCAGGAAGAUGACGACAAGGGCGCGGCGGGUUGCCCAGCCGAGAGCGAAGGCGUUCCUGCGGACGAACCCGAAACCCCCACGCCCCCUUAAGCCCUUCAACGACCCCAAUUGGCGCCUCAUCACCCCUCCACCAACCUCGCUGCCCGACUGCGAACCCGCCCCUGUACGCAACCUCAUCCUCGUCUCGACCCGCCUCGGUCCGGCCGUCGCGACUCAGGUCGCGGUCGAAUCAGGCGACGUCGUUGCGGUCGACGUCAAACUGUCACGCGGCGAGAGGAUACGCGUUGUCAGCAUGUACAAUCCCUGCAACGAGCGAGGGAAGGAGGUAAGAUACCUACCGUACAACAUGUCUGUCGCGACUAUUCUCCCGCCGUUGCUCGCCUCCACUCCCGCCUCCUCGCUCGUCGUUGUCGCCGGCAACUUGAACCUGUCGCAUCCGGAAUGGGACGAGUCAGUAAGCGACCCAGACGCAGAGGCGGAGGAAGCGGUGCGCAUCUUCACCCACCACAGCCUCACUCACUACCUCCCGCCCAACACCAUCACUACCAUCCCCACAACGCCCAGCACCGCAAGAAACCCCUCGACCUCGUGCUCGGCUCGCUGCGCGCAGAAGAUCGGGUCGUCAGCUGCGGGCUCGCCGAAGACCUCGAAUCUGGCUCGGACCAUCGCCCCGUUCGCCUCGUCCUCGUCCUCGCACUCGAAACCGUCACCUAUACCCCCCCCGCCACGACGCGCCUUCCGCCGCACCGACCCUGAGCUCCUCGAACGUGCCUUCCGCGAAGCAGCCGCCCACCUCCCAACUUCACCGCUCCUCUCCCCUGAAAGCAUCGACAACUGCGCAGAACAACUCACCUCAGUCCUGCAAAUCGCCGUCUCCGCCGCAACACCGUUCUCCCGCGCUCGAGUCGGUCGAAUCGUGCCGUGGUGGGACGCCGACCUCGCCAAGGCGAGUAAGGCGGCGAGGCGCUCGGCGAAUCGUGCAUUCAGGCUUCGAGGCGCCAAUGGCCGCAAAGCAGAGGGAGAAGAGGCGUGGCGAGAGAAGAAGAAGCUGAGGAAUGAGGUGAAGUCACUGAUGAAGCGGAAGAAGGACGAGUCGGAAGAGCGUGAGCUGGCGACAGUGACCGAGGCGACGCUGUGGACGGCGGUGAAGCAGCGCAUCAGCGCACCAGCCACCGCUAACCUGUCGACGCCGCCGCUUCGGAAAGGAGACGGCACUUACGCGACCUCGCCCCUCGACAAACUGGCCCUCCUCCGCCCGCUCCUCCUCCCCACCGUCCUUCCAAACCCUCCUCAAACACCCUCACCCUCCCAGCCACCCGCCGCGCGCUCGCAAACCGAAUCCCCACCGACCCGCAAUCCUGGCAUCCCAACUUCGCACUGGACGAAACCGCAACCUGCGAAAGCGGGAAAAGGGAGGAGAGUCAGUGGUGCACAAGUAAGCCCCAAGUUUGUUGUCCACCCCGCUACUCGAAAAGCAGACGUCCGCCGCGCGAGCGAGCAAGAACGCACCUCUGCAGAGACAACCAAGACCAAGGCGAUGACGAGGAACACGACGGUGACGACGAUGAACACGACAACGACGAUGAAGAUGAAGGCGAAGAAGGCGACAACGAGCGACGAGCAACGAGCGACGAACGACGAGGCGGAGGGAGGCGGAAAGGAAGGAAGGGGAGGGCGGGUUCCUGUGGGUGAGGAACGUCAGCAAGUACGUUCUCACCAGUCGUACCGCAACCCCCGCGAGACUACGCGCUCGAGUACAUACGGAGUUGAAGCCCGCUUCGGCGAGGACCCCGUCAACCCCGCAGAACUCAACGAGAACGCACGGGAUGGGUCGACAACGCCAAUGCUAGCAUGGCCGGACCUGCACGAGUGCGAAAUCGAGUCAGCCAUCAUGCAGGCCAGACCCUUUGCGGUGUGCGGACCAGACGACAUCCCGAACCACGUCCUCCAACUCCUCCUCUCGCAUCUCCUCCCGCACCUUGUCCCGCUCUACCGCGCCUCGCUUGCCCUCGGCCACGUCCCACGGUCCUGGCGCGACGCCUCGUGCAUCAUCCUCCGCAAACCGAAGAAACCCGACUACCGAGAACCGAAGGCGUACCCCUUGAUCGCCUUCGAGUCGCACUUCGGCGGACGACGUCGUCGCUCGGCGGAAGACGCGGUCGUCUGCGUGGUCGACGAGAUCAAAGGUCAGUGGCGCCAAGGGAAUGCGGUCGUCGGGCUUGCUCUUGACGUCUCCAAGGCGUUCCCGAGCGUCCAAACGGAGAGGCUCGUGACGAACCUGAAGAUUCGAGGAUUGCCCGAGCCCGCCUGCGACUGGAUCCGCUCCCUUUUGAGCGAGUGCUCCUGCACUCUGCAGCUCGAAGGCAUCGUCAGCGAGUUGAUCGAAUGGACGAGCGGACUUCCGCAAGGCUCACCGCUAUCGCCCAUCCUCUUCCUCACGUACAACGCCCCCCUACUCGACGCCUGCGAAACAGCGACGACAUGCGGCUUUGGCUGGAUCGACGAUGUCAACAUCCUAGCGUGGGGUAAGACGGUUGAAGAAGCAGUCAGCGCCAUGAACUCGCUCGUUCCGAAGCUGGAGACCUGGUCCGACUCGCAUUCGUCCGCAUUUGAGCCCACCAAAACAGAAGCGACCAUCUUCCUCCCCUCCUCCCGCGCCAUGCCUCCCAACCCGCCGCGUGUUAUCCUUCGCGACCAUCGCAUUGAGUUCAAGCCCACCCUGACGAUGCUCGGCACGAAACUUGACAGCCAACUCACCUUCCGCGAUCACAUCACCGCCUGCGCCGCCCGCGCCACCACAUCGACGACCGCCAUAUCCCUACUUGCCCGUUCGAAAGCCGGGUUGGCGCCGAAGUGGACGCGCCAGCUCGUCGUCGCGUGCGUUUGGCCGAGAUUGAUGUGGUCGGCGGCGGCAUGGUACGACCCUGCGAGGGGAAAGGACAAGACGAAGGAGUUAGUACGUGUGCAGAAAGCUGCGGCACAGGCAGUGACAGGAGGAUUUCGCUCAGCGGCUGGCGAAGCCCUCGAAAUUGAAGCCGGCCUUCUCCCGGUCCACCUCCAGCUCCAAAACCAGCUGUUCCGACUCGCCCUCCGAGCUCUCUCCGCCUCCCCCUCACACCCGCUCCACCAUCGCGCCCUCGCCGCCCGACUCCGCCCCUCGCACACGUCACACCGCUCACCGCUAGACCUCGCCCUCGCCAACCCACUUCUCCCUCCCGACCUCGCCGUCGAGCCCAUCCACCCGGACCCCAUCCCUCCCUGGUCGCCCAACCCCGCCCCUCGAGUUGACUUAGCCCGGGGGAAAGAACUCGGGGCGUACAAGCACGAGCAAACCGUCCGAGACCUGCAACUGGGCUCCCUCCUCGUCUACACGGACGGCUCUAUGGGCGACGGAGGCUUUGUCAGUGCGGGCGUAGCGGCAAGGUUGUGGGAUGGCGGAAAGGUUCGGUUGGCGGAGAAGGAAGAGGUGGAGAUCGAGCUGUGGCAGCGGGAGAGAAGGGGAAUGGGUCAGCUUCAGACGGUCUACACGGGCGAACUUGAAGGACUCCGCCUCGCACUAUCCUCCCUGCUGGUCACACAGAUUGCUGACACACCUCUGCGCGCCCUCAUCUCGCUCGACAACACCUCCGCCCUCAUCCACUCGACCGACCCGAGCCCAUCAUCAGGCCAGCACCUCCGCCUCGCGAUCCGGCAGGCAUUCGAAGACCUCAAAUGCACCAGGAAGGACGUUGAUCGCGCCGUCACCGAGCGGUGGAACGCGGCGACAUCGACGCUUCCUCGGCCACUCGCGAACGUUGUCAAGACGGCUUCGACGGCACACAAGUACUAUGCAGGCCUCUCCCGCAGACAAGCCACCCUGCUCUGUCGACUACGCACCGACGCAUCCGCCCUGAACGCCCAUCGCGCCCGGUUCGACUCCACCCGCUCCGACCGCUGCGAGUGCGGCGAGGCAGAGACUCGGGAACACUUCCUGAUCUCCUGCCCGCUGUACGAGCAAGCUCGACAUGCGUUGUACAAGCACAUCCGUCUUCGCCAGACCCCCACCGUCGGCUCACUCCUCAGCAACGCCGACUUCCGACCACCUCUCCUCGACUUCAUCACCGCAACGGGCCGUUUCGCACGCCUGACGGAACCGGCGAAGGGCGAACAGCGAGAGGAGGGUAAGAAGAGAAGGAAGGCGGAGACCGGAGCGUAG